AUGGCAACACCCAGAACCCAACCUAUUCUGGACCCAAGCCUGAUAUCAACAUCCGAGAUCUCUGUUGUGCAAGGUCCUCAUCCCAGUACUACAUUGUCAUCAGACAUCACAGUUGUUCCAGCUCCACAACCCCCCAAGAAAGGAUCCAAUCCACGAGGCAAGAAAGCUGCCAUGAAUAAAUCCAACAAUACUGCAACCAAUAGCCUCUCGCAAACCUACCUUGAACAUGAGGACAUCCAACUGUAUAACUCUUGGCUUAAGAUCAGUGAAGAUCCCAAGAGAGGCACCAAUCAAAUGUUUAACGCUUUCUGGGAGGCCAUUGCUAGACACUACGCAACCCACAUCCCUGAUGCCCCUCAAUCGGCCAAAAGCCUCAAGAAUCACUGGAGCGACAAGAUUUAG